UUUCAGCUUCUGUUCUCUGCUGCCAGCUUGAAAUAGGAGAAAGAGAGAGCAUGAAACUUGACCAUUGACCAGACCACAAACACUACGUGGCUUCACAUUCUGAAAUGUAUCUAGGGGCCACACCACACCAGAGGUGAUCAUCUAGUUGGACAAGCUUCCUGGAUCAUCCGGUAUAAAAAACCAUCAACACAAACGAUGAACUCUUACAAAUCCAUAAUGCAACAAAUCCAUCACAAAAUCCUAUGAUUUUAAAAACUAAAAACUUUCAUUCUAAAAUCCAACAAGCAAACGACCCCCUUAAAGAAAUUCUUGUAAGUUAAUGGCCUCCUCGUACCAAAAGAGUGGUGACACCCCCCUUCUAUGGUGACACUUUGUGUGUGGGAUAAAUUGUGAGAGCUUGAGUUUUUACGAGUUCACGCUCUAAAACGUAGCCUAACGUGUAUUUGAAGUAUGAAAAAUUCCUAUUUAACGAGUGUAAGAGACGCCAGAGAAAAUUACAUGUCGAACAAACUCAUCAAAUUAUAUGUAAAAUAUUGAAAUCUCUAGAAAUGUGUUGCACAAAAUAUUGAAAGAGUUGCAAAAUCUUACGGAUCCCCUUUUAAUUCAUCAUUCUUAGUAAGUUUCAAGGUAUUCUUUGAAUAAAUAUGUUAAGAGAAUGCACAUACCGAAUUAUCCUACUUAGUUUAUAUAUAUUCUCCAGCCAAAUACCUUUUUCAAAUUUCAAUAAUCUAUGACAUAUUUCUAUAUCUUUCAACAACAAAAAAAUAGACAUAUUUCUAUAUAUAAUAUUCGAAAACACUUUUGAUGUUUAACUAAACAUACGCAUGAUAAUGUAGAAAUUUGAAGGAAAACCGUGAGAUAAGCAAAUAGAUAGCCAUUUUACCAGCCGUAGAAAAUGUCGAAAUGAGCUGUUAGGCAUGAUAGUUAGCAACAAAACUAAUCCUCCAUUAAUAUAUGGUAGAGUUUUGUGUACUUUUCUCCAUUUCAAGUUUCCUGCAACGAGAGUGAAAGUAGGAAGGUCAAUUUUGUCUUUACACAUUUAUUAUUUAUUUCAUAUAAAAAUAGCAAUAUCAAGAUUUGAACCCGGGUCUCUUCAAACAAAGAUAACAAUCACAACCAGUUACACUAAACAAAUUUAUUGCAUCCUUUUUGAUACAAAACAUAGACAAAGUUAAUCUCUGAAAAUCAGAGGGCUUUUUCAUCAUAAUUAGCAAGCUCACUAAGUCUACCGUAUGUAUUAUUAUCGAGCUUGAUACUUCUAUUUUCAUAGUAGAGUUUCAUGUAAUUUUCUCAAUUUUAAAUUCCCGCUCUCUCCUUAAUUUUUGCUAAAGGUAAAUGGGUAAUUGGCUAACAUGGAAGAAACUAAUUAUGUAACUACGUGUUGUAUCCUUGCAUUUUACAAUUUAAAUUUAAAUUUUGUGUUUUUUUAUCUUUGUUCUUUUCUCUUUUUAACUUCCUCCGAAAUUUCAUUCAUCGUGCAAUAGUUUGCGCCUUUCACUUCCCAGUACAAGACUGUCAUUGAAAAUCAAUCUUCAGGUAUCUCUUGGCACUACGGUUUUAUUGUUGGGGAUUUUAAGCUGGGCGAGUAGAAGAUUUCAACUCCGAUAUCAAUCCAUGGCAUAUAGAAUGGAGUUCAUCAAUAACUGGAGUUGUAGAAGGAGGAUUAGAAAUUGAAUUUUUGGUUGAAUAUAUGCCUCUUGAGAUAUAAAUUUGGUUGUACAACGGAGAGUGGUGGGUAUUGGAUCUUUAGGUUUAUGGUUUUUGCAACUGUCACAACCUAUUUCUAUCUUAAAAUGAGGAAUCAUAGAUUGAUUGUUUGAAAUAUGUCGCUUCUUUAUUCAACCUACUGGAACUAAUAGAUAAGGAGUGUCUAAUUUUGCGCCUUAUUACUUUGAUUGAGUCUAUUCGUAUAUUGGAGAUAACCCUGAUUUUUUCGUUUGCUCUCAAGUUGUGAUGGUCCCCUCUUAGCUGAGUUUUUAGUAUAUAGAUGACUUGAAUCAGCAACUCUCCAUUUCUUUUUGAUUAAUGACAUAUUGUUUCUAAAAGGAGAGCAUUGAACCCUUUAUAUAGGAUUGUGAGGUUUAAGAUUUAGUUUCAAACUAUUUAUGGGUCGUGUGAGAAUUUCAGGGAGCUUUUAUACUCUAUAUUUCUUGACUGUAAAAAAAAACUAACCAAUAGCAUUUUAACAGGGACUUAAUUAACAUUAUGAAAAUGGGGUCAAUGAUACAUUUUUAUAUUUUAUAUUCUUAAAUGAUUAUGAUAUUUCUCCGAAUGUUCGACCUAUAUACUAUUUCUUUAUGUAUCAUCUCGAUCGAAUGAUUAUCAAUAAGAUUAAACGGGUUAAUAGACUUAAAAGUAACAUAAAAAUACAAAUAAUCAAAUAUGAGCAUUCCGGCCAAAGGGCCGAGUUAUAAGCUAGUAAGUAUAAAAUAUCUUCUUUCUUCCUUUGGAGUUUUUCAAGUUUAAACUCUUUCCACCCACAGAAAAAAAAAAUAAUGGAAUGAGCCAUUCUCCUAGUUCCUACUUGCCAUUCUCGCCUGCCCUUCAGCUCAAAUAAACUGUCAUCGACGAUUUUAUGGUCUUUCACAAAAUUCAGAUAUAUGUUAGAAACAGAUUUCUGUAGGGUUUCUCGAUUUAUUAAUAUAAUUAUUAUUAGGAUAAUUAUCAAUAAGGUUAGUAGUCAUUUAAUAGAAUUAGGUUUAUUAUUAGGGUUUUCUAGAAUUCCCUAUAAAUAUGUACCUUACUUAUUCAUUCGGUAUCAAUAAGAAGAAUAAUAAGAAAAUCCCGAAACCCUAUUCUCUCCUAAAUCCUCUCAAUUUCUCCUCUAUCCCUAAUCCGGCCGCCGGCCAUUCUUUCUCAUUCUUCCCCAAAUUCUACUUCCAAAUCACUAAUUCUAUCUUCUCGAUCCCUAAAUUCCCAAAUAUCACCCAAUACGAAUCCCGUUAGAAACUUUGUUUCUAACAUCUGGUAUCAGAACCCGGUUUCGAGAAUUGAGUUCACCACAACUCUCAACCGGGGACGAUUUCUACAACUGGUUCGACGAUGAGCUCUUCAAAGCUCUCGAACCUGUCGUGGGCAGAAUUGCGGGACAGAGCCCGCCGCAUCGGCCGCCGUUGGCUGCCCGAAGAGCCGACAGUCGAGCUGUUUGGCGCCGCCCCAAUCGCGCGCCCCCCUUUGUCGGCCGAGACCGCGCCGCGCGCUGGAGGAGGUCGGGCCGAGCAGCAGCGCCCCGCGGUAGUCGAGGCCGCGCCGCGCACGGGAGAGGAGAGGGCCGAGCGGCGCCCCGUGGUGCCCGCCGCGAUCGGACGUCGUGGUCUGUCCGAAGAGUCGCCGACCGCGCAAAUAGAAGACGGCGGGGAGCUUUCCCACGCACCGCCGGAGAUGGAGUUUCGUCCGUGGAAGGAGGGAGAAACGAGGAAGAAGGUAGUGGCGGCGGCGCCCGUUGCUUCGGACGACGGGGAGGUGGCCUCAGUAGCACGUAGGACAUUUCGUCGGCGGAAUGGUUCGUCGCCGUGGAAAUUGAUGGAGGUGAAGGAGGAAGGUGGCGCCUCCUAUCCUCUCACAAACCCUAAGGGUUGCACUGAGCAGCAUGGGCUCGAACGGACCGGGCUCGUUUUGGGCCGACUUCAUCUGUUGAGCAGGCCGCAAGUAGACCAGAGUACUGGGCUGCAAUGGGGAAAGAAGUGGGCUGAACCAAUUUCUGAAGGUGGGCCGCAGUUGGGGAGAAAGAUGGCCGAGCCAAAUCUUGGUUUUGUCCAAUUCUUGGGCCUUAUAUGAGCAAUUUAACAUUGGCCCUUCUGUAUGGAGUGGACUUCAUUCGAGUAGUGGAGCAUGAUUGGAAGAAAAGAAAGCGCAAGAAUGGAGGAGGCAAGACGUGGAUUGCACGGUAGGCUUGAAGAAAUGGGUCGAACUGAUCAACCUUGAGGGCAAGGUUGGUCUCAAGGGGGAUGAGAUGUUAGAAACACGUUUUCUAAGGAAAACGAGUUUCUAUAUUAUCAUUAUUAUUAGGUUUUAUUAAAUAUGGUUAGUAGUCUUUUAGUAGAAUUAGGUUUAUUAUUAGGUUUUCCUAUCUUUCCUAUAAAUAUGUAAUUUGGGUUUCAUUAUCAAGGAGAAAGAACAAUUAUUCAGAAAAGUAUCUCAAACCCUAAUCUCUCUUGACAUUUCCGUCUAUCUAUAGAUUCCCCGGAGGGGGCCUGCCUGGGGUCGGUAGAAUUCUCAAAUUCGUCACCUAUCCCUAGGCCGUCGGCCAUUCUUCUCCUCGAUCCCCAAUUUCCUCUUCUAAAUCCCUAAUCCCCAAUUCUGUUCUUCCCCAACUCUAUCUCAAUCCCUAAAUAUCUAUCAAUUCCCAAUCUCAUCAAUCCGACCGUUAGAACCCUAGAAAUAGGUUUCUAACAAUAUACGUGACAUUUACAAAUUCGUGAAGUCUAUCAAUUUGAAGCUAAAAAUUAUUAAAUUCAUGAGAAUUUUCAAGUUUGUGAGAUCCAUAGUUUUGGAUUUAAAAAGAAGACCAAAUCUGUACACCCCACGAAAUUGACAAUUAUAAACAAUCAAUAGAUUUGGUACCAAAUUCAUGACAAGAAUCCAACAAACAAACGACUUCUUAGGAAUGAUAAUGAGUAGACUCAUUGAGUAAUUUAACUCCAUUGUUAUUACGCAAACCAUUUCAUAGGAUUGAGGAAUACCAAUUACCAAAUUGUACUACCACUGAACUCAAAUUGCGGUAUAGUGGGUAUUAUUCUUCAAAUAUAAACAACACAGGUUUUUUUUUAGAGUCUUGUUACAUUAUUAUAUACAACAAUUUCAUAGGUUUCUUUCGUUGUAGUUUGAUGGUUGUGUGUUUAUGACAAAAUGGGACUUGAUAACGCACUAAUAUGGAUACGUUACUAGUACUGUUACAAUUCGAUUAUGAAUACUGACGCUUCUUGUGAUUUGAAAUUCUGGAAAUGUGUUGCAAUUAUCUAACAUCAUCCCUUCUAUUGUUGUACUUUUGACUUACACCACUUGUGUAAGCAAGUUUCUCAUUACAUGGCUUUGGCCUAUUUUAUUAUGAAAUCCACUCACCUUCUUCCAAAACAUUUGGUAAAAACUAAACCAGAACAUGUAACAAUCACAGUGAUCCCCAUAGUUAAACUAGACAACAUACUUGAGCGCACUUGGGUUGAUGAAAAAAAAACCUCCAUUCAUUGCAAAUUAAAUAGAGAACUAAGUAAUAAUCUAAUAAUCUAUUCUUUUAUUU